CACUACAAGAUUGAUGCGAACUUCAGCCUGGUUAAGACUCCUCCUCUGUGUUUACUCUGCGUCACCAGGUACAGCUGGACGUUAUAAUACUGGGCUCAUUUGGAUCGAUAUUCGGAGCCAACAGAUGGCGGUAGUGCAACAAAAAUGGAUGCAAGCUGCGGUUAAAACCUAAAGAAGAAGAAGCUGGACGUUAACGCCAUGAUGAACGUGGUCCAGCAUUCUGAGGAGAAACUCCGCACGGCUUUGGUGUCUAAAUUACCGGCUGUGGCUAAAUUAUACAGCGACUACACAGAAGCAGAAAAGAGUCUUCUGGAGGAAGGACUGCACCCUGGGAAGCGAGGGUCUCUUUUCCAGCCCAUCACUCUUCACUCUGACUCGGACUGGAUCGCUGCUCAUCCUGAGGAACCGCAAGACUUUGAGGCUUUCUAUAGAGACCCUCGCCGCAAGACCCCUGAUGCAGGCCACGACACUAUUUACAUACAAACUAUAGGUAGUUUUGGAGACGAGGGACUCCAGACAGACCAGUAUGUGGAAUGGCUCAGAGAUUACUGCCAGGCCUUUUUCUGUGGGCUUUCUGUUAAGUUGCUUCCAGCAGUCAGUGUGUCUGAAACCGGAUGCUCCUUUAGGGUGAACAGCAGCUCACACAACCUGCAGAUUCUCACAGGUGACUUGUUACGGUUUCUGGGGAAAAGAAAACCAAAAGGUGCUUUCUGCAUAGUUGGAAUCACGAUGAUUGACCUCUAUCCAAAAGACUCCUGGAACUUCGUGUUUGGUCAGGCUUCUCUCAGUGACGGGAUGGGUGUGUUCAGUUUUGCCAGAUAUGACGACCACUUUUACUCCAGAAAUUAUGCUGGGAGGCUGAAGAAGAAGCUUCAGCCGAGGCAGGGAGAUUACUCUGUGUUCCAGGGAUACUACACUCCUCCCAUCACCAGCACUCUGCUGCUUCGAUCCUGCAAGACCAUUACCCAUGAGAUUGGCCAUAUGUUUGGAAUGAAGCACUGCCAGUGGAUGAACUGUGUCAUGCAGGGAUCGAACCACUUGGAGGAGUCGGAUCGUAGACCACUGGACCUCUGUCCGAUCUGCCUUCACAAGCUUCAGGUCGCAGUUGGAUUUAAAAUUGCUGACAGAUACAAGGCUUUGCUUUGCUGGAUGGAAGACGAUGAGAGUCAGCUGUCAGAAGCAGAGGGGGCGUCUGCUCACCACUCUGCUGUCCGUUUUCACAAACCCACCGAAGCCUUCAAUGAAUCCCGGCUGUGGCUCCGCAGCUGUUUGGACAGACUGGAAAUAAGUUAGCAGAAGUGACUGUCAGCUUUCAUUCAGCUGAGGAAGAGUUUAGUUUAAGCCUCUUGAGGUUGUACCUGUGGCUCAGUGGGAGGGUUGGGAUCUUGCAAUUGGAAGUUUGCGGCUUCUGCAUGUCCUGGGCAUGACACUUAACCCCAAGUUGCCUACAGCUUGGUGUAUGAAUGAACAUGUGAAAUACUCAAAUGACAUCUUUUAGGCUGAUUGUUUCGUCUUCAUUUGGCUCAAACACGAAGAAAAAAACAAGUCACAAGUGCAGCUGGUUAUCACAAGCAAACACGAAAGAGCAUCAUUAAGAUAUUUUUAUUGAUUUAUUGUGUAAACUGAGGACUUCGACAGAUGUGUCACACUGAUGGGACACGUUAAAAAUAAGAGGGAAUGUGGAUGGACUGUCUGUCAUACAAUCAACAGAAGAAAGAAACUGAGUUAAGGGGCUUAAUAUCACAUUUAAU